UCAAGAACAGCUUUGUAAUGAGGAGAAUAUAACGAAUAUUCGGAUUGCGCCGUGUAAACACCCUAGAGCUAGGGUUUUAACCCAGCCGACUCGCGCAAGUCGACACAACCGUUUGAACUAUCGCAGAGACUGAGUGAGUGCCGACAUGGAGAAAUCAGUGGCGACUCUCGAUAGAGGAGCAACAUGCUCUUCGUGGAACUACUGUGGCCAACGCCUAGCCUCUGGCACCGUGGAUGGAGACGUUGCUGUAUUCGACACUCGGGACCCGGCCGCUUCUUCUUCCUUGACAUGCAUCUCAAAAUUCAAGGUAAAUGAGGCCGCCAUCUUGAAGAUUGUUUGGGUGCCUCCAGAAUAUGGUGAUGCCGUUGCCUGCAUUUCUACGGAUGGGAGUUUGUCCUUGUGGGAGGAGGUUGUAGAAGAUGCACAAUCCCUUCAAUGGAAGCUGCGGAACAGCUUCAAGAGCAAUUCAUCCCAAGUGCUUGAUGUUCAAUUUGGAGUAUCAACUUUGGGUUCAAGGAUGGUUGUUGCAUGUUCAGAUGGGCGUGUAAAAGUCUAUGAUCUUCUUGACCCCUUGGAUUUGAGAAAUUGGCAACUUCAGGCUGAAUUUCACAAUGUUAUUGAUUCUGUAUCUACCUUUGGGAAGGCUUCAUGUUUAUCUGCAUCUGUUUCUUGGAAUCCAAAAAGGGGUGAAAGUCAGGAAUCUAGUUUUGUUUUGGGCUUCAACUCAAACAAACCGCAGCUAAAUUCUUCAAAGAUAUGGGAAUUUGAUCUGGCUCAUCAGAGGUGGCUGCCAGUUGCAGAGUUGGCUUUGCCAGAGGACAAGGGAGAUCAAGUUUAUGCUGUUGCAUGGGCGCCAAACAUUGGUCGGCCAUAUGAGGUUAUAGCUGUUGCAACUCACAAAGGGAUUGGAAUAUGGCACGUUGGAUUAGCCCCUGACUUGAAUGGGUGGCUUUCUGUAGAGAAGGUUGCAUCGCUGUCUGGCCAUGAAGGCGAGGUGUGGCAGAUUGAGUGGGACACCAGUGGAAUGACCUUGGCAAGUACAGGGACGGAUGGGAUGGUGAAACUGUGGCAAUCUAACUUAAAUGGUGUAUGGCAUGAUCAAGCUGCAUUCAAACUUACUCCCUAGCUGCAAAUUGUUUCCUAUUACCUGAUCUUGGUGGCCUGGUUUAGUUCUUUACUUAUGAUGAAAACAGCACGGUUCUGUAGUUCAAAUGUAUCAGUUUUCAAAGAUUGGAUUUCAAACCCAUCCUCGAGGUGCAUAGUUAUACAUCUUGGUCGAUCUUUUGUCAGCUAAAAGAGAAUUGUGCUAGUUAGUGAAGUGAAACUCUUCUUGAAUAUAUGUUACAGUCACGAGCAGCUGCCUUGUCAAAUUUUAAGAUGCGCCAA